UUCAUAGCAGCACCGUAGAAUAGAAGUAUCCAGUAUCCACCGCCGCUCGAAAUGACGGGGAGCACCACCGCAGCCACGACCACCCCGACGAGGACGCUGAGCAUGAAGCUCCUGGUGGACACGAAGGCGCGGCGCGUGCUGUUCGCGGAGGCCGGCAAGGACGGGGUGGACUUCCUCUUCUCCCUCCUGGCCCUGCCCAUCGGCACGGCCGUCAAGCUGCUCGGCGCGGGCUCCAUGGUGGGCGCCGCGGGGAACCUCUACGACAGCGUGGAGAAGCUCGACGACACCCACGUCCAGCCCGGCGCGGCCAAGGGCGCGCUGCUCCGGCCCGCCAUGGCUCCCUCGCCGGCGGACGACUCCAACAGCGCCCUCCUCGGCCUGCCGGUCUGGACGCCGCCGUCCAAGAGGUUCUACAGGUGCUCUCACAACUCCUACUCCACUUGUCGCAACUACGUGACGGAUACGUACGGCACCAAGUGUCCGGGAUGUUCCAAUGCGAUGACUUCCGAAGCCAACUUUGCGCCGGCGGCGUCUGCCCAGGCCGGCCCCCAGCUGCCGCAGAACGGCUUCGUGAGGGGCGUCGUCACCUACACGGUGAUGGACAGCCUCGCGGUCUCGCCCAUGUCCGCCAUAUCCAGCAUCACGCUGCUCAACACCUUCGCGGUCACGGACCUCAGCGCGCUCCAGGAGAAGGCCGUGCAGAUCGGCUACAAGGAGGGUUUGGAGAAUUUGAAGGCUUCACUGCAGUCCAAGACAGUUCUCACAGAUGUUUUCCUCUGCAAGAAAAAAGAAGAAGUCCUCUAGCCACGCUUGAGAUCCAGCCGGCGGAUUACUUUUUACCCUCAAAGAAAAAAAGAUCCAGCCGGCAUAGACGGCUGAGGUCGAUAUCAAGUUCAGUCAAUACUUAGGUUGGUUUGGUCCUUAAUUAAUUACCUACGGGAAAGGUCUGCAUGCUGGAUGUAUACAAUUACCGUCUUUAAGCUUUUGUUUAGUGAUGUUUGGUUAUGACAGCUAAAUGUAUGGAUCUUCCGCUAAAAAAACACUGAAUUAUGAAUCAGGAAGCUAGCAGGGAUGUGAU